GCAGAGGAAGGGACACCAUGGCCGCUGCGGUGGGACGAGUGGCCCUCAGGUGGCCCCUGGCUGUCGGAAGGGCCCGCUGCCUCACGGCCUCCUGCCGACGGAUGAGCUCCGAACCCAGAGAGGAGCUGAAGGUCCGCAACCUGGAUGGAGAAGAUUCUGGAAUCGUGGUGGUUGGGAUAAAUCGACCAAAGGCCAAAAACUCCAUCAGCAGGAACCUGGUCCAUCUGAUGUUUGAUGCUAUGGAGGACAUAAAGAAGAAUAACAAAGUUCGGAGCGUUAUUUUAUGCAGUUUAGUUCCUGGUAUCUUCUGUGCAGGUGCCGAUCUGAAGGAGAGGGCAAAGAUGGCUCCCAGUGAGGUGGGACCAUUUGUUUCAAGAGCCAGGGCCCUCAUCACCGAGCUGGGUAAUCUCACCGUACCAACGAUUGCUGCCAUAGAUGGAGCUGCUUUAGGGGGGGGGCUGGAAAUGGCCCUAGCCUGUGACAUCAGAAUCGCAUCCAGCAGUGCUAAAAUGGGGCUCGUUGAGACAAAGCUUGCGAUUAUUCCAGGAGCAGGGGGAACACAGCGUCUUCCCAGAGCCAUCGGCGUGUCUCUAGCCAAGGAGCUGAUCUUCACGGGGCGAGUCGUGGAUGGAAAGGAGGCGUUCCGC